CUCCCCAAACACCCCAUCUCCAUCUCCACCUCCACCUCACCACCUCCCUCCCUCCCAUCUCCCACGGAUGGAGAAGCUUCGCGCGACGCCUUCCCACCAUUUGCCCCAUCCCCGGCAGCCCGCAGGCGUCGAACGACUGCGCAAUUGCCCGCUGAACUAGGCGUUGUUACAUACGAGGUCUCAUAAUCAGCUAUGGCAGCUGCUGUGAUGGAUGGAGCGGUGCAGAUUUCCGCUGAGGCGUGGGAGGUUAUGAGACAUGCUCCGGCGUGGAUUUUGGUACUGUCUGCUAUAUCAAUACUACUAUUCGCCUUCAUAUCCCUCUAUCUAACACUCCACCUCAUCGCCCCCCUCCCGCGGCACCCCCACCCCUCAGAAAAAACAUACAUCACCACCCUCCCCUCCGGCGGCGUCACCCCCCCCCAGCCCCUCGCCUGCUGGCACGACGACUGGCUCUCCCACCACGCCUCCCACGCCGCCGGGUCCUCCAAGGACACGGGACACAUCGAGCCCGCCACCCUCGCAAUGAGCGUCGUCAUCCCGGCCUACAACGAGGAAGCGCGGUUGGAAAUUAUGCUCAAGGAAGCUGUCUCCUAUUUGGACGCUACGUACGGUCGCACCUCCUCCCCUUCCCCCUCCACCAAAUCGUCGAAAUCGAAAUCCUCCUCUUCCCAAAGCGAACCGCAGGGCUACGAAAUCCUCCUCAUAAACGACGGCUCAACAGACAGCACCGUCUCCACCGCCCUCCGCUUCUCCCACGCCCACUCCCUCCACAGCACCCUGCGUAUCAUCUCCCUGCACCGCAACCGCGGCAAAGGCGGCGCCGUCACCCACGGCCUGCGUCACGUCCGUGGCACCCACGCCGUCUUCGCCGAUGCCGACGGGGCGUCACGGUUCCGCGAUCUGGGGGCGCUGGUCGCUGGUGCGGAGCUCGUCAAGGAUGGCGGGGGGAGAGCGGUGGCUGUUGGUAGCCGCGCGCAUUUGGUGGGGAGCGAGGCGGUGGUGAAGAGGUCGCUUGUUAGGAAUGCUUUGAUGCAUUCUUUUCAUCUUCUUUUGAGACUCCUUACUCCACCUGCUACCUCCCGCAUCCGCGACACGCAGUGUGGAUUCAAACUCUUCACCCGCGCGGCGCUCCCGCAUAUAAUACCGUAUAUGCAUGCGGAGGGGUGGAUCUUCGAUGUCGAGAUGUUGAUGCUUGCGGAGAGUGCACCUGUAUCUGUGCCAGAGGAAAAGCACGAGGGAGGCAAGAUAGGAGGUGCGGUGAGGGGCGUCAGAGUCGCGGAGGUCCCGAUUGCAUGGCAGGAGGUGGGGGGGAGUAAGUUGAAUGUGCUGUGGGAUAGUAUAGGUAUGGCCUUCGGGCUCGCCGUUCUGCGAGCUAGUUGGGCGCUGGGGGUAUACCGGCGGCGGUGAAGUUGUUACAGGACAGUGCCCUCCUUAUUACGCGUGUAUAUAUAAGAGUUACAAGUUAUAUAGAAAAGAGAACAGGCAGGUCACAUACAGUACA